UGGAAAAUGAUGAUGUCACAUGAAAACUGGUAAUACUUAGUGUAUUUGAACUAUAAAUGGCGGCCACGUCCCCAUACUUUUUAAGAUAUUAUGCCUGAAAAAGUAUUACAGGAACUUCUAAUCAAUGAAUAAGAUAUUUAAAACUAUUGUCUUUAUUGAUAUUAGACAAAAGCAUUAGUCACUGCUAUUUCAAUAACACCCACUUCUUCCUGGGGUUGAACCCUAUGCACUGCCCAGAAAAUUAUACAGGGGAAUUGCAUAGGAUAAGGGAAAAUUCAAGGAAUAGUCAAAAAUUCAUAGGAAUAGCAAAAGGGGAUUUUGUAAAGCCAUAGCUGGGAAUUAAGGGGGAAAUAUCUGCCAAGGAACUGGUAGCUAGGGGGACUUUCCCUUGUACAAUUUAUCCCUACCCCCAGGAAAAGUCAUUAAGAAAUAAUAAUGGCUUCAACCUCUAAUAUCAGGGGGAAGGCAAAAGCCAUUGAAAUUUUAAUUAUGUUUGAGAAAUGAUGCCACUAGGGGGCUAGAAAUAAAUUUGAGGGAAACAUACGAAACCCUUUCAGAAACCCCCGAGGGAGAUCCCCUCCCCUAGCUAGGGGGUGCAAACACUUUGUCAAAUUGUAAAUAUAUCCCCCUAAAAUUCGAUUUCUAUUGAAAAGUUCACUAUCGAUACCUUCUCCAAUCCACUAGUUUUUAAACUAUGUAUCUGUCUUAAUUAUUGUACCUUUGCCAUGUUCCACACGUGUAUGACCGGCUUAUUCAACUGUGAUGCCAGGACGUAAUCAUUUCCAAGCAAGCAAACACAUCGACACGGACAGCCACCUCCUUUGUAAGCUUUCAGUUGCAUACCUGAGUUUAUAUCCCACAAAGAUACGCAGAAAUUAUCGCCACUAGCUUCCGUGGACAACGCGACUUCGAAGUUCGCCAUUUUGGUUUUAUUCUCUUCGAGCCGGCAGUCAUUUUAAUCUGAUCAGCGGUAAUUUUACUCGGUCCAACGCAGAAAACCUGGUGACGAGUGAGGUCAGUGGGGAAACAAGAAGCUCGAAAAUGGCCUCCGUCGAGCUCUCGCAGGUGUACGUGCCUGUAGCGAACUACUGUGUACAGAUGAUGAAUGCCCUUAACGAGUUCCGGAAACACAACAUAUUGUGCGAAGUAGUGAUUGUGGUCAAUGGCAAACAGUUCUACGCCCAUCGUAACAUAUUGGCGGCGAGCAGUCCGUAUUUCCGGGCAAUGUUCUCGAGUAAUAUGCGAGAACAGUUGGAAAACAAACCCGUGAUCCUUGAAAACAUCACAGCGGAAAUCAUGGAAGAGUUGUUAAACUUUAUGUACACCGGAAGCAUCAAGAUCACUCCUUUCAAUGUCAAGGAUUUUGUUUCCGCUUCGAAUUAUCUGUUGAUGACCAGUUUGAAGGAAACUUGCGUUUCCUUUAUGAAGGCCAUGUUGAACCCUUCCAAUUGCUUGGGGAUCGAAGCGGCGGCGUUUAAAUUCGACUGCUCUGCGCUGAGAGGUACGGCAAAUGAAUACAUCUACGAUAAUUUUGUAGCUGUUUCACAAACGGAUGAGUUUAAAUCACUGUCGGCUGAACGGCUGGCCGAGUAUCUUAGCAGUGAUGACAUACGUGUCGAGAGAGAGGAACAGGUGUUUGAAUGUUUAAUGCAUUGGAUCAAUCACGAUGCGGACGCUAGGAGAGGUUAUUUUAAACAGCUGUCACAACACGUCCGUUUCCCUCUCAUGUCACCGUAUUAUCUUGCGGAUCACGUCGAAACUGAAGAGAUCGUCCUUUCAUCUCCCGAAUGCACAGCUCUGUUGCUAGAGGCCAAGAACUACCACAUGCUUCCUGAUCGAAGACACUUGAUCAAAGGUUCUAGAACCAAGCCUAGACGGUCGAUGGGUGUUAUUUCAGUCAUAUUUGCCGCUGGCGGAAUUCAGGGGUCUACAGUGAUGAGAGACACUUAUGGGUAUUUUCCAUCAGUAAACAGGUGGAGUCCAUUGGCACACAUGCUCACGGCACGGUGUCGGCAUGGACUGGCUGUCACUGGAGACAUGGUGUAUGCAGUGGGUGGACAGUCACGUGAAGGUGCUGCACAGAGCUCUCUGAACUCUGUAGAGAGAUAUGAUCCAAGAACUAACACAUGGACAAUGGUUGCACCCAUGAAUAUGAGACGAAGCUUGCUUAAUGUUGCAGUGCUUGAUGGAAAUAUGUAUGCAGUUGGAGGGUGCGAUGAAAGCAACUUCCGGCUAAACAGUGUGGAACGUUACAACCCCUCUACAAACACAUGGACAUUCACAGCACCCAUGACAACUUGCCGUAGCAGCCCAUGUGUGUUGACAUGCCGUGCACUUUACGUGAUUGGUGGAGUGAGUUAUGUUGGGAUGUCCCUCAACACUGGGGAGUAUCUUGACCCUGUGACGAACACAUGGCGGCCUAUUGCACCAAUGCAUGACAAACGUGCAAGUGCAUCUGGGGCAGCUACAAAUGGAAAAAUCUAUGUCAUUGGUGGCUGGGAUGGCUCAUUCCACCUGAACAGCGGUGAAGUUUAUGAGCCUGACAUUGACCAAUGGUCCAUGAUUGUACCCGCCAGCACUGCCAGAUGGGAUGCAGGGAUAGCUGUGGAGAGUGACAAAAUCUACAUUGUGGGGGGAUGUGACAGGAAUGCCCUUUGUACCUUAGAAACUGAGUGUUAUGAUCCUGAAAAAAACAAGUGGAGUAAAGUUGCAUCAUUACCAGUAGCAACACAUGGCCUGAAGUGUUGUACCAUUCAGCUGCCACAUAAGUUUGCUUAGCUAUUUCAGCAUGUGCAUUCCUUUUAUUAUGAGGGUUGCACAUGCAUAUCUAUGUUUUUGCAGUAUGAGGUCUAGGGGAGACUCUUACAAAAGGGACGGGGAUGCUUGUGGGAAAUUUUGAAAAGAACCCCCAAGUGAGGUACCAAGAUCCUGCUUUGUGGGUGUGGCUUGAAAUAUUUUCACCCCAAAGAACUAUCAAUUCUAGAACAACACACUAUAUCCAGUCAAAUUCUUAUUCCUCGGCUGAAUACCCUAAAAGGUACUUUAAAAGCCCCUGUUGUGGACCUUUUGAGGGUAAACACCCUAAGAGAU